UCUGUGAUCAUCGCCAUCUCCAUCACGGCGAUUUACUCCGCCAUCUGCGCGCUGGGGCUGCUGGGAAACGUGCUGGUUAUGUACGGCGUGGUCAGGUACACAAAGAUGAAGACUGCGACCAACAUUUACAUCUUUAAUUUGGCUCUGGCAGAUGCAUUGGCCACCAGCACACUGCCGUUCCAGAGUGCCAAGUAUCUGAUGAGGACCUGGCCUUUUGGGGAGCUGCUGUGUAAAACAGUCAUUGCUAUUGACUACUACAACAUGUUCACCAGUAUCUUUACUCUGACAAUGAUGAGUGUAGACCGCUACAUCGCUGUGUGCCACCCAGUGAGAGCUCUAGAUUUCAGGACGCCCGUCAAAGCAAAGAUCAUCAACGUCUGCAUCUGGAUCCUGUCAUCUGCCAUUGGUAUUCCAAUCAUGAUCAUUGCUGUAACAAGAGUGACGGACAAUGGUAAAAUCAUCUGUAUGCUGAAAUUUCCCGACCCUGAAAGGUAUUAUGACAAUGUGACGAAAAUGUUUGUGUUCAUCUUUGCCUUUGUGGUGCCUGUUUUGGUGAUCUCAGUCUGCUAUGGGCUGAUGAUCCUGCGGCUGAAAAGUGUACGCAUGCUCUCUGGUUCCAAAGAGAAAGACAAGAACCUGCGCCGCAUUACCCGUAUGGUGCUGGUAGUGGUGGCAGCCUUCAUCAUCUGCUGGACUCCCAUCCAUAUCUUCAUCAUAAUCAAGACCUUCAUAGAGAUUGACCAGAAGAACCCACUUGUGAUCAUCAGCUGGCACUUGUGCAUUGCUCUGGGCUACAUGAACAGCAGCCUAAACCCAGUCCUGUAUGCUUUCCUGGAUGAAAACUUCAGGAGAUGCUUUCGAGAAUUUUGCCUGCCCUUCCGCUCUCACAUGAACCAGAGCAGCUUUUCCCAAGGCCGCAACACCACCAGGGAACCUGUCUCAGUCUGUGGUAUAGCAGAUUCAGUAAGAAAGCCCACAUGACUAGUGCUGGUCCAGGGAUCACCUGGACAACCAAAUAGAAACCAACAUGACCUACAGUCUGAGUGCACUCAAAUCUCCACCACUGAGUUCUGAGUCACCCCUUAUGAGACGUAGGGUGCAGUAUAAUCUCUUGUUGAUUUUGGUAUGACUUUUUAUUCUUAUAAAAUCUAAUUAAAUUCCUAACUCAGUGUAAAUCCUACAAAUUUUGGACAAGAUCAAGUUGGAAUUAUAGACCCCUUAACAGUCAGCCCAAUAAUCAUUCCUUGAUGAUAUAUACACUAUAUGGACAAAAGGUUGUGGACACCUGACCAUAACACUCAUGUGCUUUAUGAAUAUCUCAUUCCAGACUUAGUCCCGCUUUAUAAUAACCUCCACUCUUCUGGGAAGGCUUUCCACUAAAUGGAGUGUGGGCAUUUGUGCUCAUUCAGCCACAAGAGCAUUAGUGAGGUCAGGCAAUGAUUUUGGGUGAGGAAGUGUGGGGAAUGUCAGCAUUGCACUUCAUCCCAAAGGUGUUCAAUGGGGUUGAGGUCAAGGCUCUGUCCAGAUGAUUCAAGUUCUUCUACACCAACCUUGCUAAGCCAUGUCUUCGUGGACCUCACUUAGGCAGAGUAGGCAAUCACCUAGGGCCUCGGGCCUUGUAGGCGGGGCCUCCAUAACCAUAACAUCCCUAUAUGCUAGUCCACCAAUCAAGAUGGGCAGCAAAAGACUAGGCUCUUUGUCCAUUGGAUAUAUUGUCACUUACCUGUCCACCACAUCGCACACAUUCAACAACAAACAAAAUGACAGAAAAAUUUAGAUUUUCCAAAAAUAAGUAAGUAAUAAUUGGUGACAGGCUGUUGAAUUAUUAGAAAAAUAAUGCGCACCCAAGGUGGCAAUGCAGCCACAAGGCACAACAGAAGCUUGAUCCAUUGAUAUGCAGUUAUUGGAGAUAACAAUCCCCUGGCAUAUCAAUGGCUGAAGCCUCCGUUACUAUCUCUAAAAUUAUGUUUUGGAAUUAGCAAUAGAGGCUUGAGAUGGGGUGCGUAAUAAAUUAGUUCCACACACGAGCGUUUUAAGGACAAAAACCUGACAAAUGUCUUGAAAUAAAACAUCUGAGCAAUUUCAUGAGGUGUGGCAACUGUGGUAUAAGCGGAAUCAUUUUCUCCGGUCUGUUGAAUUAUUAGAAAAUAAUGCACACCCGAGGUGUAAUGGUCACUCUGUGCAUUAUUUUCUAAUAAUUAAACGGCCCGUCUUCAAUUAUUCCUUACUUAAAGAAAACCUUCAAAUCUUCAAACAGGUUUCAUAGUUGAAGAGAUGACUUGCUGUCAAACUGCAACAGAGAAAUUAUGACGACAGUGAGACUGGAUUGAAGAAAUUUGUCACAGUGAAAUCAUAUUUUUAACUGUGUAAAUAAUGACUCUUAAUUUGAAUCUCUGUACUGGUCAAAGCUGGUUGAUGUCCCAUUUUAUCGUAAGGCAUAAGAGACUAUUGAAAUGGAAACAAAGAAAUACACCAUCAUAUGCACAAACAAACAAAAACUGGUUCAAGUGUCUACAAUGCCUUUAGUUGUCAUCUACACAUCUCUUAGAUUAAUGAGACUUUCUGCACAAUGGACUUUUGCAUGCAUACUAGAGUGCCACUAUUGUUGCUGAGAUGAUUUAUGUCUCCAGGACACUUUUCAUCACAAAAGCAAAACUGGAGUACAGACAAUGAAGAGAACUAAAUAUAAAUUAGUCAUAUGUAGGCCAGACUGCAGAAGCAAACCAGUGGCUCAUGCAGUGUUGCUUUGAGUGCCUUACUGUGGCUGGAGAGAAGGAAAAUUAGUAAGUCUUACAAGCUACUAUCUGCACAGUAACAGGCACAAUGCUCAAUUUCAGUAAAAUCAUUUUUAAAAAAUGCUGUCACUGAAAUUCCAACUUAUGUUUAUGCCAACCACAGACACAUUUGCAAUGUUACAAACUAAAACCUGCCUGUGGGCCACUUCAUUGUUAAAACCAUUUAUUCUAUUUCUUUUUCAGUAGAUGUUUGUAUACAUGUGACUGUGAAUACAAUGAAAGAAAUGUAGUGAAAGCAAAUGUUGGAUGCAAGUCAAAUAUUAUUCUAAUUACAUGUAUUUGGUGACAGUUUCUGUGUGGUAAAAGUACUUUUGAUAUUUUCCCAAGUAUUUUAAUGAGUUUAGUGCCAGUCGCAGAAUGAAAUGAGAAGUUGAUGCAGUGUUCAACAUCUAUUCAUGUGCUGCUUUUUGGUAAUGUGGCUUUCGAUUGUAGUGUUUUUCAUUCUGAGUAUUCAAACGUCCUCUGCCAAACAUGUACAACUUCAGUACGAGGCCUUACUUCUUCUGCAUCUACAUCAAUUGGAACUGAAUUAUAAUAACUACAGUGUUGGAAUUAUAUUCUGAACAUUUAUAUAUUUUGUUGGACCCUUUUGUGUAUUUAUGAA